GAAGAGACAGCUGAACCCCAGCGUUCUGCUGUUAAAACAGUUUGAGUAAUGAUUUUGUUGUUACCUGACCGGAGUAAAGAGAAGGAGAAAGUCCAGCUUUGACCGUUCUCUCACUUUGUUGCCAUGGCACCGUCAGCGGCGUCCGUUGCCAUGGCAGCGUGAACGCGAGGACGCGCUGUUGGAGCUGCAGCUCAGAGAGCGGAGGGUAAACAGCUCCGCUCUUUACUCUUCUUUAUCCUUUAAAAAAGCUCGCUUUAUGUGUAUAUUUGUCACGGUAGUGAAGCGACCUGACUCCGUAUGUCGCAACACAGCGACGACAAGUGAUUUUAACCCUUUACUCCGUGUUUUGCGGCGUGAAUACAGCAGUUUGAGGUGUUUGUUAGUUGGCUAAGCUAACUGUGAGUGUAGAGAAGUUAAUAGCUAACAGGUCUCCUAAACAUGGCGAGUCCUGGAAAGUCACCUGGCAAGGCUGCUAAAAAAGAAGCCAGACCCCGCUCUCCACCCGACAAGAAGCGAGGGAAACCAUUGGAGGAGUCCUCAUCCACUGUAUGUGGAGAACAGAGCAGUAGUUCCACUCUGAAAGGCGAGGACAUCCAGGCCCUGUCCGUCAGACCUGAGCACCUGGAGAAGCUGCGGGCCCCUCAGCCACCAAAAGAUUCCCAGAAGCCCCGUGCAACAACCCUGGUGCUAGUCCGCAAGACACGCCCCCUUGAGGAGGUCAGAACAGGUGUGAAGGUUGCCGUGGCAAGACCCCUGCCGCAGGAUGCAGCACCACUGCCACUGGACUACACAGGUCCAGGAGGCCCACGCUUUGAUGCCCAGGGCAUGGUCCUGCCCCACAGCAUUCUGGGAAGUCUGGAGGACUUUAGAAGAGAGAUGGAGGCCAGAGGAGAGAUGGAGCUAGUUAAGCGAAUUCCUGAUCUGAAAGACAAGCACCCUCUGGAGACUGGAGAGCAGAAGAACAACGAGAAGGUCAAAUCCCUUCCGAAGAGUGAGUGGGAUCUUCAAGGCCACGCUCUCCAGAACUGGAAUUAUCACAUGACAGAGAGACGCAGACAGCAGAACUUCAUCUCACAGCUGCUGCAGAAGCCAGUGGAGGAUCUGCUGAUGAGCCAGUCAAACAGAUUCAGAGAGAUUCAGGAACAAAGAGAAGUCAUCAGCAGAGGCCUACCUGCCCUAGAGUCUGGACAUGGCUGCCGUGUGGGCAGUGAGUUCUGGAGUGUUCCGCAGCAUUUUGGUGAUGAAUUGAGUGGAAUCACGGCCACAUUAACCCAGACAGAAAGAGGCAACCCUCAACCCAUCACACACAUCGCACAGCCACACAGCACACGCCUGGAGUCAGGUACACUCAGAUAUGCUCAGAUGAACAGUUCCUGGAAUCACAGUCAGUACCUGCAACGUCGCCAACAUGAACUCAGAGACAUACUGAGAGAGAUGGACUUUAACCAGCCGGUCAUGGACGCUUUAGAGGUUGUAGGCUCCAAUCAGCCUUUUACUUCUCUAACAGUGGAGUGCUCUCCUCUGUUGGAGGAAGAAGAGCAGGAGGAAGAGGAUGAAAGGAUGGAGGGAGAGCACAAAGAGAAUGAGGACCCCCUGGCAUUUUAUGAUGAUGUCAUGCUGGAUGUGGAGCUGGUUCCUGCUUUGAGGUUUUGUGGUGAACUAGCACGCUGGACUGGCAGUGCCAUCUCUCACCAGGGAGAGGUGGGUGUGUCUGCGCGAUUGACGUUCGAGACUGUGGUUGGGGAGAGAACAUGUUCUCACCUAGAACUGAGGAACGAGGGCAGCACAGCCAUUUAUUACAGCUGGCACAGACUGGCACGGCCACACAGCUUCACUGAGGCGAGAUCACAGAGAUAUACUCAACACUUCUACUUCAACACAGCUACAGCGGUGAUACUGCCAGGCGAUACAGAGCGCAUCCUGUUCACCUUCAAGAGUGUGUGUCCUGGGAUCAUGAGUGAAGUUUGGCAGCUUCAUACACACCCUGUGCUACUGGGUGGAGCCUCACUGCAGGUCACACUGAGGGGUGUGGCUCUGUACCAGGACAAAACUGCUGAUCAGAGAGCAGCCUUGGAGCUGGAACUGGAGCAGCGAAAGACAAUAUCAGUGUGCAGGUCUAUGGUGUAUGAGUUACUGCGUAAUGUUCACACUCCAGAGAGGCCCAGCUCUCCAGCUCAAUUCUACACCACUGAGGAGGAGCACUUCCACGCCAGCAACCCCAACUUGCACUACCACCAUGAACCAUUGGAGGCUCUGAAGAGGCUAUGGGAGCAGGCCCAUAGGUCAACAGUCAUAGGGUCUGGAGAGGCGGAGGAUGAACACACACCUGUAGAAAUUCCAGUCUGGGAUCUGUCUGUGAACCAUCUCCGACAGGUGGUGCUUGGCUUGCCACAAGAAGAUACAGACUCAGAGGGGGUACUGUUUAGGGAAGAGGCUCUGAGGCAAUACAACUCACUGAUCCUGCAGCUUCACCAACCACAGCCCCCAACCAAGCCUCUCACACUGCACUGCAUUGGGCUGCAGUUGUGGAGGGAGCUGUGUGAUGGGUUAGUCAGUGAGGCUCUGUGGAUCAGACAUAUGCUGGGAUUGCCUGAGAACAAUAACUGGGGAGACACACAGCAUGACCAGGACAGCUGGGAAAAGAAAAAGAAGGAAGAGAAGACAGAGAGAAAAGGAGCACCCCUGAAUAAAGAAGAGAAAAAAGGAGGCAAUGCCAAAGAGAAAGAAGAGAAGAAAGGUGCACUCAAGCCUGCAGCCAAAGACAAAUCAGCAGAGGAUCAUGGAACCAGUAAGAAAAGGGUUAAAGAAGAGAAGAACGUGGGGAAAGAGAGUAAGGACAGAGAGUCAUCCUCCACUGCAGUCAGCCCAGAGGGUGAUAACAGCCAACAGGACUCCAUCCAUUCACAGCUACAGCGCAAAUAUGUACACACACUACACCAACAGGUGUAUGUUCUGAUGGAGGGGAUGAUUGAUUCUCUGUGUGAACUACUGGAUGAGGCUGAGCGAAAAUGAAGAUGACCUACACAAAUCCUACUGAAACAAAUCCUCACUAAACAAAUCCUGCUAAA